GCUUUUCUUCAAGGCACAGAUUUGGUCUUCAGCAUCAGUUUGAGGUGAAAGGGAGAAGGACAUUUGGCCAUGACUGUCUACUUGCUCCUGGUUUUUCUCUAUUCCUUUAGUACAUCUCUUCCAAUGUCUGAUAGCAGCAUAUUUUCAAUCUAUAAUGAAGACAGCAAGCUCUGUGCCCAAGCUCAGAACUCCAGCUCAGUUGUGACUACCACCUGUGAUGAGCACAAUGAGUUUCAAAAGUUCCAGUGGGUCUCUGCCAUGCAGCUCCUGAGCGUGGCACUCAAGCUGUGCCUGGGAGUGCUCACCAAGACCGAGGAGGCUGCCAUCACGUUGGAAUCCUGUAACAGGACGAAUGAGCUCCAGUGGUGGGAAUGUCAAGAUGAGAUGCUUGCAACCCAUGGCAAAGAUUUAUUUUUCAACUAUGGCAAAGGAAAGGGGAAGAAAAUCAGGUUGUCCAAAUCGUCGGGCAAAGGGAGCAGGUGGAAAAUCUACAGAACUGCAGACAGUGUGUGCUCCCAGCGCUAUGAGGAUAUCUUCACACUGGGAGGAAAUGCCUUUGGUGCACCUUGUGUAUUCCCUUUUAAGCUCAAUGGGAAAUGGUACGCUGAGUGCAUCCCUCGGAGUGAGGAUGCAAGUUCUUUCUGGUGUGCAACUUCUUCAGAUUUUGAUAAAGAUCAACUUUUUGGAAUUUGUCCCCUAAGAGACACCAUCCACAAUGACCUUUGGAAAACAAAUCCUGUGACAAAAACCCACUAUCAGAUAAACUCUGAGUCGCUUUUGACAUGGCACCAAGCAAGAAAAAGCUGCCAGCAACAGAAUGCAGAGUUAUUAACUGUGACAGACCUUCACGAAGAAAUGUAUUUAUUAGGACUCACUAGUGACCUGGGUAUCAAUGCAAAGCUCUGGACUGGUCUUUUCAGUGCACUAGACAGUGGUUGGCAGUGGAUCGGGGGCAGUCCUUUCAGAUACCUAAACUGGGCUCCAGGAAGUCCCUCUGUGGAAUCUGGAAAAAUAUGUGGGACCUUCCAAGGAAGGAAUGGUAAAUGGGAAAACCAGGUGUGUGAUCGGAAACUGGGAUACAUCUGUCAAAAGAGAAACUCCUCUGCAGAUUCCUCUACUAUUACCUCAGGUGACUUAAAACCUUUUAAGUGCUCCAGGGGAUGGGUGGCCUAUUCAGGUCAUUGCUAUAGAAUUUACAGAACACCCAAAAUAUGGAAAGCAGCUCAGUCUUCCUGUAGAAAAGAAGAUGGAGAGCUGGCGAGUAUCCAUAAUAUUGAGGAAUACAGUUUUGCAGUGUCGCAGCUUGGCUACAAGCCAGAUGAUGAACUGUGGAUUGGUCUAAAUGACUUCAGGGUUCAAAUGUAUUUUGAAUGGAGUGAUGGGACACCUGUGACUUUUACCAAGUGGCAUCAUGGAGAGCCAGCCCACACACAGAAUAAGGCAGACUGCAUUGUCAUGAAAGGAGAGGAUGGAUCCUGGGCUGACAGUACUUGUGACACAAAACUUGGUUACAUCUGUAAAAGGAAACCUUCUGCAGAAGAAUCAGAGGACGCUGCAGUUACUUACCCAGGCUGCCAGAAAGGCUGGGUGAAACAUGGCUUUUACUGCUACUCUGUGGCACAGCUACCUGCAACAUUUUCAGAAGCAAAACGAAUCUGUGAAGAAAACAAAGGUUACCUGACUACUGUGAGGGACAGAUACGAACAGGCUUUUUUGACUUCUGUAAUUGGAUUCAACCCAGCAAAGUAUUUCUGGAUUGGUCUCUCAGACACAGAGGAGCAAGGGACCUUCAAGUGGGCCAGUGGGGAUGCAGUCACCUUCACUCACUGGAAUGCCGGAAUGCCAGGAAGACAGUCAGGCUGUGUGGCCAUGAUAACAGGAACUUCAGCUGGAUUAUGGGAUAUUUUGAACUGUGAAGAAACAAACAUGUUUGUCUGCAAGCAGCUGGUGGAGGGGGUGACCCCCCCACCUCCUCCAGUGACGACUCCUCUCCCAUCGUGCCCAGAGGGAUGGCAGUCAACUUCUCAGAGCAUCUUCUGCUUCAAAAUUUUUCAAGAAGGAAGGGAAAAAAUGCAAACAUGGUUUGGUGCAAGAGAUUUUUGCAGAGCCAUUGGAGGAGAUCUGGCAUGUGUCCACAGUGAAGAAGAACAAAACCUAAUAGCUGGCUUAGAUAGAGACUAUCAUCACAAAUAUCUCUGGAUGGGUUUGAGUGCUUUGGACUCCGACAAAGGAUUUGUAUGGAGUGAUGGCUCACCAGUAAACUUUGAAAGCUGGGGAGGUGGAGAACCAAACAAUUAUGGUGGCAAUGAAAAAUGUGGCGUGUUUGAUGCUUACAGUCUUAUGAGGUGGAAUGAUUUAUUUUGUGAACAUAUGCAGGCCUAUGUUUGCCAAAUAAAAAAAGGAGCAUCACUGAAACCAGAGCCUACUUCUACCUUCAAAUAUGAAUAUAUUAUUAGCGAAGAUGACUGGAUAAUAUAUAAUCAUAAGGAAUACUACUUCAGCAGGGAAAGAAUGCCUAUGGAAAAAGCCAGAGACUUUUGCAAGAAGAGUGGUGGUGAUCUUGCUGUCAUUGAGAGUGAAAGUGAAAAAAAUUUUCUUUGGAAAUAUACUUUCUACAAAGACUGGGGAAAUAACUUUUAUAUUGGCUUAAGUGUGAGCCUGGAUAAGACAUUCCGAUGGAUGGAUGGAACUCCAGUCAACUAUGUUGCCUGGGCUCCUAAUGAACCCAAUUUUGCAAAUAAUGAUGAAAACUGUGUGGUCAUGUAUACCCAAACAGGUACAUGGAAUGAUCUUAACUGUGGCAGUGUUGAGUUAUUCAUCUGUGAAAGGCUUAACAAUACUGUUCGCCCAACUGUUGCUCCCACUUCACCACCACCAAAGGGUGGGUGUGCAGAAGACUGGUUCCUCUUUGAUAACAAGUGUUUCAAAAUAUUUGGCCUUAAUGAAAAUGAUACAUUGACAUGGCAUGCUGCACGGAACAAUUGUAUUAAUUUUGGAGGAAACCUGGCUACUAUAUCAAAAAAGGAAAUGCAAGCUUCCCUCAUGUCCCUCUUAAAAAAUGCUGCAACUGAUGCUUGGAUUGGACUGAAUGACAUAAAUGAGGAGCACACAUACUUAUGGACAGAUGGAAGCCCAGUUUACUAUACAAACUGGGCAAAAGGUUCUCGAAGUUUCUAUAAGGAUGACUGUGUCUUUAUGAUGAAGAACCCUAUUGAACAGGCAGGAAAAUGGAAAGAUGUAGAAUGUAAAGCAAGCAAAAGCUACUUAUGCCAGAAAAAUUCUGACCCCAAACUGCAAAACUCCGAACCUGUAUUUCCUAUUCUUGGCUUUAACAAUUAUGGUGAUGACCGCUAUGCAGUCAUCAACUACAAAAUGAGCUGGGAAGAAGCCCAGAAGAACUGCAGAGACCAGUUUGCAGAACUCGCCAGCGUUUUGGAUCCUUAUGCUGAAUCUUACCUGUGGUUACAAAUGCUAAAGCAUGGGGAGCCUGCAUGGAUUGGGCUUAACAGCAAGACGACUCAUGGCCACUACAUGUGGUCAGAUAGAAGGAGGAGCAGGUACCAUAACUGGGCCAGUGGAGAACCAAAUAAGAACACAGGCUGUGUCUAUAUAGAUUUGGAUGGUUUCUGGAAGACAGCAUCUUGCAAUGAAACAUUUUUAUCUCUCUGUAAGCAAUCUGAUGAGUUAAUCCCUAGUGAGCCACCACAGCUUCCUGGAAAAUGUCCUGAACCAAAGCGUGGCAGAAACUGGAUUCCCUUCCGUGGGCAUUGCUAUUAUGUUCACACCACUUCUGAGGAAAGCUGGCCUGAUGCUUCCAUGAUGUGCAUUCAAAUGGGUGCUUCUCUGGUUUCCAUAGAAGAUUCAGCUGAACUGAACUUUCUCUUAUUUUAUUUGGCUCCACUUGCAACUGACUUCAGAAAGUUUUGGAUAGGAUUUUUCAAAAAUGUUGAUGGGGAAUGGCUAUGGACAGACAGAAGUGCUGUAGAAUUUGUCAACUGGGAGGAAGGAGAGCCUACAGUAAUUUUUGAUGAACACUGUGUUGAUAUGGACAUCUCAAGUGGAACCUGGAGGAACUAUUACUGCUCUGUUGACCAGAAUUUUAUUUGCAAAAUCCCCAAAAUUCCUGAAGUUGAGCCAACCCAUGAUUCACCUGUCAAUAAAGCAUCAAAAAAUGAAGCUGCUACUUCGUCUGCAAAUAGCGUAGGUGGAAUGAUUGUUAUACUGAUCUUCCUUCUUCUAACGGGAACUGGCCUUACAUUGUAUUUUUUCUAUAAAAAAAGACAUGAUGGGCAAACAUUUACAGCCAGUUUUGACAAUGCAAUAUACCAUGGUGGUGCUGAUCCUGAAUCUCAUGAAUCAAAUUUUCUUGUGACCAAUAUUGAACAAAAUGAGCAGGCAACAGUUUAAUAAGCAGGAUAAUCUAGGCCUUGAUUUUGAAGGUAUAUAAAGUUCUGAAAUACAAGAGUUCUUAAGGAAAAUGAUUUUCUGCUGUGAAAAUUCUAGUUCAUUUUGCACAGGAUGCUUCUUGCUUUCUGUACUAGCAGGAAUAAACAAUCUUGCAAGGUGGAUCCAGAGAUCUGCACACAAACUGUAGUACUUAAGGGCUGUUGACCAUACACAUAGACCUGAAACUACGCUCUGUGAGUGAACAUGCAGGCAGUUCCAGUCUCUGCAUGGGUCCAGUAUCACCUUUAGACACAAGAAGAACCACGCUCACCGCAGGCAACUGUGAGAAUAAGCUCCUUAGCAUGCUCAAAAAAGUUCAUCUAGAUCUGUAGAAUUCUGAAAAAGCCACCCUGGUGUCCAGAGUAGACUGGUAAAAUUGCACAGGUUUGACAGGACCUCCAAGCUCACCUUGUGCAGGUCCCUGCUGGAAUCAGGACCAGGUUCCUGCCCCAGCACUGGGAGUCCACAUAUUCCUUUUGCUACUGAGGUACCCAGAUAAACCAUUUGUGUUGCCUGUAACAUCUGAAUUAACACAUCUUCUUCCUCUGUAUAUAACUGAUAGAAAUGAAAGUGUAAAUUGUUUUUCUUCUGCUAUAAUUCUGUAACAUAAGCAUAGAAAUGACGUUUGAAUGUGAAUAGAAAUAUUCUGUCAUUUAAAUAAUAAAAUAGCAAUCUGAAAUGACAUUCCAAAAGGGAGGGAAUAGGCAGGAUGAAUUAUACAUAAUGUAUACUGGAUAAAUUUCAUAGAAAUUUUAUGAAAUAAAUCUCUGAUACCAGUGAAGAUUUCAUACUUUUUAGGCCAUUUCUUCAAAGCCUAAUGAAACUUACCAGUAAGCAUUUGAGUAUCAUUCCAGAAUUUCAUCAUUACUGAGGUGACAGCGUUGCCUAUCGUAUGGACUACUAAUAUAUAUUCUGGGUUCAGAAACCCUAAAAAAAUAUAGUGGAUUCUCAUAUAGGUUUGGUUAUUUUAACUUUUCCAGUAUUUUUUAUGCCAAAUGAAAACAAAGAAAUGAUUCGAAACUCAAGUGUAGAGGAGGCCCUUAUUUAAUUUGAUAUUUUUUAUAUUUUAAUCUUUCAAAAGAUUUUAAUUUGUGUUUAAAUUAAAAUAUUUUGAAUGUGUAUUAAAUGCUUGUAAAUGAGUUUUUA